AUAUAAACGGUCACAGAUGACAAACUGAGAUGCUGAGUAGUGAGUAGCUCAAGGGACUGACGACAUUUUUUUUAUUUAUCGUUCCUUUAUUGAGUUUGUUCUCGGUUUGUUCUCCUGCUGAGUGGCUGCAUAACUCUCGAGCCUGUUGUGACGUGCCUCCUCAGGCAUGGGAAGUUCUCCGGCAACAAGUCUGAGCAACUUUAUUUGGCAGUGAGGAGUCACAGAAGCGGUUCUACGCCGGAGUACAGCUCGAGAGAGAGAGAGAGACCAAGCAGUAUGUCUCAGGAUCUUAGAAGAAUGCAAGACUUUUCUGCUUUGGCGCAUUUGUGAUAUUUUCCCAACAUUCCCAAGAUCACAGACGAAGGAGACGUUACGGAUAAAUAAUAAUUCGAGGAAUAAUACUAAUGGCAAACCACGCGAGUGACAACUGUACAGCUGGAAGUAAGGAUCUGUACACGUUCUACUUCUCGGUGAUGAUCGUGGAGUUUAUCCUGGCACUUCCUCUGAACCUCACCGUCAUCUACCUCUUUAUUUUUAAACUCAAAUUCUGGAAAUCUAAAAGCAACAACAUUUUUCUCUUCAAUCUCGUCUUGGCGGAUAUCCUGCUGCUGAUCUGUUUACCGGUCAGGGCGUAUUACUUCCAGCGUGGAGAGAGACGGAGUAACAACAACACCGUAUGCAGAUCGGUCCUGUUUAUGCUCUUCUUGAACCGAGAAGCGAGCAUCGCCUUCCUGACUAUCAUUUCCAUCGAUCGUUACUUCAGCGUGGUUCAUCCCAGCAUUAGGAACCCCUUCAAGAUCAGGAAGCGAAACGUUCUCAUCUCGGUCCUGGUCUGGGUUGUGCUUAUGCCUUUGACCAUCCCGUCCAUGCUGACCAGCUUCGAGUGCUGCAACAGCAACGAGACGGAAGACACGCCGGGACAGCUUCCAGAGACCGCCACCCCCGUCACCUUCAGGGAGCUUGUGUUUUUCACGCCGGUUCUCAUCCCAUCUAUCGUCCUGGUCUACUGUACUGUCAGGAUCACCAACAGGCUGAAGCAGAAGACGGUCGGCGACAGGACCAAGCUGAGAAGAGCCGUGUUCCUGGUCACUCUGGUUGUCUUGGUGUUUGUUUUCUGCUUUUGGCCGUCUGCUAUUUCUAGAUUGGUGCUGCUGAUGGUCAGAGUCACGGAGCGUCCGGAAGCGGAGGAGAUCGCCGUUCAGGUCUACGACGGACUCAUGUGCCUCUCGUAUCUGGAUUGCCUUUUGGACCCCAUCGUCUACUGUCUGAGCAGUACCAAGUUCAAAAACUUGUACAUAUCCACAUAUCUGCCUUUUCUGCUGAAAGGACGACACGUGGAACAUCACUGAAACCUCAUCAUCUGCACAAAUGAGUGAAUGUAAUAACGACAAAUAAACCCUGAAGCUUGAACUUUAACUAACAUGAAAUUCAAGUCUUAUCGGUACUAUUUUAAACUGUGAUGAUUUUCUGUGAUGAUCCGUGUUCAUUUACAUUUGAGUAAAAAAAACAAAAACAAACAAAAGCAAUGCAUUGAUGUGUUAAUACUCAGUCCUGUUAUUGAUUGUGCUUUUUUUUAUUUAUACAUUUAUUUGACCAGAUCAUAUAUCAUGUGCUAUAAUCCUUUGGCAUUUCAUUGGAGCUUAAUUCUCAUUAAACAUGCCGUUUUAUUGCCGUUUGUUGUACUCGAGGAGUUCGUUUUUUAUUUAAAUGGCUAUAAAGUGUUGCUGGCAAACGUGUAAAAUAGGUAAAAAUAAAUAAAUAAAUAAAUAAAUAAAU